AUGGCGGCCGCAGUAACAAAGGUUGCACUCGUCACGGCAGGGUCUAAUGGCCUCGGCGCUGCGAUUGCAAGAUGCCUCGCAUUAGAAGGGGAAAUGUCCGUUGUCAUCAACUUCCAUUCAGAUUCAUCCCGAGCCGAUGCCCUCGUCCAACAGCUUACACAGAUGCGCAAGCGAGUGAAUGGCUCCGCCGCGCCGCAGUUUGCCGCGAUAAAAGCAGAUAUGGGCCAGCGAAAUGAGAUUCGCCGACUGGUCACUGAGACGGUUCAACAGAUGGGACACCUAGAUGUAGUCAUUUCAAAUGCAGGUUGGACGCGAGUGACAGACUUUUCGGAUCUCCAGCAGGCCGACGAUGAGGCGGACUGGGAUCGCUGCUUCAACAUGAACGUCAAAAGUCACUUCUUCCUUUUUCAAGCCUGCAGAGAGCAUCUUGAGAAGAGCGAGGGUGCAUUCAUUGCUACUGCAAGCGUAGCAGGAGUUACUCCAAGCGGGAGUUCGCUACCAUAUUCUGUAACCAAGGCUGCGCUAAUACAUCUCUCACGGAGCCUCGCGGUUAUCGCAGCACCCAAGAUUAGGGUGAGCUCAGUGGCACCGGGAGUUCUUCUGACAGAUUGGGGCCGCCAGUUUUCGGAAGAGAAGCUCAACUCGGUGCAAGAGAGGAACGCGUUGAAACGGUUCGCUACAAUUGAGGAUGUUGCUCAGCAAGUAAAAUACCUUGCUUUGGCCAAAUCAGUCACUGGCCAAAUUGCUGUUAUCGAUGCGGGAUUCUCGUUGUGA